AUGGGUACUUCGAGAUUUAUUCUUGUGCUAGUUGUAAUAUUCGGCUCAUGUACAUGGAUUGGCACAAAUUCUGUAUGGAUGCAACUGCCAAUGCUUACAUCGGAGCUGCCGGAAGGCUGGAACUUGCCCAGCUUUCUCUCAGUAGUAGUGCAGAUUGCCUGCAUUGCUCCAGUUAUGUAUGCAAUAGUUCAUAAGGGAUGCAAGUCUGUUGAAAUUCCGCACAUUAAACUCAUUCUCUUCUUUCUUAUAAUGGCUUGCGUUUGCCAGCUAGGCCUGGUGUUCCUCUGGAAGUACACUGUUGUUAUUGGGAGUAGAAGCUACUCUGUCGCUCUCUACUCGUUGUUAUUCGGUCUUGCAGUAGUUGAUGCCAUCUCCAAUGUUCUAUUUAUGCCUUUCAUGGCGAAAUUCCAUCCUUCUUAUCUCAAUGCUUAUUUUGUUGGUAUGGGCUUCUCUUCACUGAUUCCCAGCAUCUUAGCUCUCAUUCAAGGCACAUCAACAUAUGAAUGUGAAGGAGAUGUCCCACACUAUUCUCAGCCACGGUUUACUGCAGCCACAUUCUUUGCUAUCAUAUUUUUUUCAACCUGCAUGUCCACUAUUGCAUUCAUUAUUUUAUUUCGCAUAGCCGACAAAAAGGAAUCACCGCUUGAAACAACAGAAAGUGAUCAGGGAACGAGUUCGGAGACGUUGGAAAUAACAUCAUCUACUGAAGAAAUGAUAACAGAAGAUAAACAACCACUAUCAAAGGCUUGCUACACUCUCGUACUAUUUACGAUAUCCGUAAUAAAUGCUCAAAUGAAUGGAAUUAUUCCUAGCAUUUCCAGCUAUGCAGCACUACCUUACUCACAAGACGUGUACCACUACAGUGUAACUCUGUCAAAUGUUAUGAUGCCAGCAGCGUCAUUUCUAUCCUUUUUUGUCAUUCUUAGUACAGUAGGGUCAAAACGAUAUGAAGCACGGUGCAGUUGCGCAAACGGCUGUGCUCGAAGCGGUGCGCUCAAAAAAGAGGUUGGAAUCGAGAUGGGACCUUGGCGAACUGCAGCAAAGAUUGGUCCCUCAUCGCGUCCUUUCGAGCGCAGUCGCUUACGUAACACCGUAGCACCGUGCUUCAUGUAG